AUGAUGUUGUUUGCUACUUGCUUGUUAUUGAGUAGCAACACAAACUUGGUUGUUUCUCGCCGUCUUUUGGAAGCAGAGGUUCCACACCCUGAUAUACCAAAAUUGCCAGAACUUCCUAAGCCCGUGGUACCGGAACUUCCAAAGCCCACGCUGCCUGAAAUGCCGAAACUAGAGGUACCAAAAAUGCCUGAAUUACCUAAACCCACGAUGCCUGAGCUCCCUAAGCCCGCGCUACCAGAAGUUCCAAAACUUGAGGUACCAAAAGUACCCGAAAUGCCUAGGCUUACAACACCAGAGUUACCUAAGCCAACAGUACCAGGACUUCCAAAACCGGUUGUACACGACCUGCCUAAACAUGAGGUACCAAUAAAGCCCGAAUUGCCCAAUGAAAUUCCAAAGGUCAAUUUACCAAAAAAGCCCGAAUUGCCAAAACCAACAUUGCCUCAAGUGCCAAAACCAGAGGUGCCAAAGAUGCCAAAACUUGAGGCACCAAAAUUGCCGGAGAUGCCUGACCAUGGCCUCCCUAAACCCACAAUACCUGAACUACCUAAGCCCACAAUGCCCGAGUUACCCAAAUUUGAUGUACCUAAAGAGCUGAGACCCACAGUGCCUUGA